GCGCAACAAACCUCCUCGAAUCCGUGAGAUUCGCAAGCGUUUCGGGCUGGCCGAGAGAUUCCUACGUCGUGGGAUCUCUUCGGGGCCGAUCCGACGAGUACGAUGUCUCCUCGUGGCAGCAAGUGUAGACGCGUCAACAAAGUGGCCGCGAAGGAGCGGCCCGUGCGCGGCCAUCGCAACCAUCGUCGCGCAGGUUGGAACGAGGCAACCAACGACACCGUCCAACAGCCUGAGAACGUCGCUCCGUCCAACGAUUCGGAUGCAACGACCACGACGACAACGACGACGACGUGCACGAUCGGAACGAGUAAGUCCGCGGUGGCAGCGUGCGAGGGUCGAUCGUCGUGGAACGCGCGCAUGCGUCAGCCCCAGGAGAGCGGCCUCGAGCCCCGUGAAAACGGUAACCAAGUGCAACGAUGGCCGGCGAGACAACGUCGACGCGAUCGGAUCACGUCGACGUCCAAGAAGGAUCGGUCGUCGGUCGAUGCCAGCAGCCACGGUGACGUCGUCGUUUCCUCUUCCACGUCUCUGCCCUCUCCGGUCCUCUCCACGGCCUCCUCCACCGACGCGUCCUCUCGUCGCUCGACGUCCCCUCCAUCGACCGUCUCGUCGCCCGCUCGCUCGACCUCCUCGACCUCCGCGUCCGCGAUCUCGCGGGAGAAACCGCGACCGAUCGAGUCGAGUCGGUACACCAUCGAUCAGGACAGAAUCAGAAAGCGGAAGCAGGAGAGACAGUGUUCCGCGAGGUCGCGCGGCGCCAGAGACGCCCCGGAGGAGAAAGCGUCGACCGUGACGACGACGUUGACGACCUGCGCGCCUACUUCCACCGCGGUAUCCUCUCCUUCGCCGUUCUCCUCUUCCGUCUCCACGACCUCGGAGAAAGUGAACGAACAUUCGGCGCAGUCGAGCGCCAGAAGUUGCCCGUCCGUCGCGCACGCCUCCGCUAUAGAGGGCCUGCGAACCGCUCUGGAAAGCUACGAUCGCAGCAGAAUCUACCUCGCACAUGUGUCCUUUCUGGAUUGGCGGGAUCUGCCGGGACGACGCCGGACCGGUAGCGCCGCGGUGCCCGACGCCGAGAGAGUGUGGGUGGUGGGGGCAGCUGAUCACGAGGGUCAUCACAGAACGCGGCUGCUCGUAACCGGUCGUCACUGGCGACCGCGUUGCUUGAGACGAGUGAACAUGCUGAGCCAGCCGGUCAUCUACGCCGGUGGAGGCAGAGGUUCCCUCACCGUGGACCUCUUCCUCUGGUGGUUUCAUCGUGAGUUCGCGGUCACCGCGAUGGCCAUGCAUCCCGAUGGCGCGGUGCUGGUCGCGGAGUGCGCCGAUUACCUACCGCCGGAAGCAGACUGCGUCGCAGCCGACGGUUUGGUAAGGUUGUUCGUCGUACCGAAAGACUGUCUCGAGACAAGGAUCGUGGUGAAAGAACUGAGAGUACGGCUCGCGAUCGGGGUCCUCACCAGAGCUUCCUACGACGUCUAUCGCAACCUAUCGAAUCCCUCCGAGGAAACCGAUCUCCUCAGCGCGUACCUGAAAAAGUUUACGAUGAAGGAGGCGUUCGCCGAUUUCCAUCGCGCCUGGCUCAGCAUCAGAUCCGAUACGUUCGCGAGAAGUUGGAUCUUGCCGAGCGAUCGAGACGACGCCUCGAUGGGAUUCACGAGCAACGGGCCGAGUUUGUCCUCGCGGGUUCACGCGUCCACCGAUCAGGAGGACGACAGGAUGCUGUUGAUCGAACUCCAGAGUUUGGCCAGAGAAGUAGGUCUGGAGGUCAGCGACGAGGAGCUGAACAAGUGGAUCCUCGACGAGGAGAGCGAGCUGGCGAUGUGCGUAAGGAAGAAGGAGCUCGAGGAGGGUCAUUGCCGCGUCAAGAUCGAGGCGGAGGAGAAGUGGCCCGAUUACGAGGCCGGCGAUGAGGACGAGGAGGAGGAUGAGGAGGAAGACGAGCCCACCGCGGAAGAGACCGUCGGUUUACUGUCGAGAGUGCUGACUUGGAUGGAAAGGGAGCCUCUCGAUCCAGGACUAUUGCUUGCCGUCAGAUCGAUGCGCGAUACCGCUUCGCUCAUGGCGAGCAAGAUGGGCCUGACGGGGACUCAUCCGAGCGGAUUGCCGUUCUUCUGCCCCAACGGAGACCACCUGACUCAACCACCGCCUGCCCACAUGGGAAUUCCACCGUACGGGACGUUGGAUGCAGGCAAAGCGGCCGCAGCGGCCGGUGAGUACUGGUCAUCAGGCAACCCUGGACAACCACCACCCACCCACCCCGAUCACUGGAAACGUCUUCUCGCCGCGGCAGCCUCCACAGGUCUGACGAGAGCGCCGAUGUAUCCCUUCUCCACGGGCCAAUAUCCGUACCCCAUGCUUAGCCCGGAAAUGACGCAAGUCGCCGCUUCCUGGCAUACACCAAGCAUGUACCCCAUCUCCCCGUCAAGCGCUGGCUUCCGAAGUCCGUAUCCCACGAGUUUGCCCAUCCCAACUUCUAGUUUACCAAGCGAUCUCUACCGCUUUUCGCCGACGGGUCUGAUGCCACCGCAUCCUGGACUGAGUCCGCACGCACACGCGCUAACGUCACACGCGUUGGUGCCUUCGACGCCGAAGUCGGACCACUCCAGCAUGGAUCACAAUCACAGGUCUUCGGUCGACCAGAAGAACGCGUCGUUGGUCGCGCCCGACAACGGAAAAGGCGUGGACUCGUCGCAACAAAAUAAUCAAGAUAAAAAGAAACCCCAUAUAAAAAAGCCUUUGAACGCAUUUAUGCUGUACAUGAAGGAGAUGAGGGCGGAGGUCGUAGCGGAGUGUACCUUAAAAGAGAGCGCUGCGAUCAACCAAAUAUUGGGAAGACGAUGGCACUCGCUAAGCCGGGAGGAGCAGGCGCGGUAUUAUGAGGCGGCCAGGCAGGAGCGCCAACUCCAUCAGCAACGAUACCCCGGCUGGAGUGCCAGGGAUAACUACGGAUACGGCAGCAAGAAGAAGAAGAAGAAGAAAGAGCGCUCCGCAGAUCCCACCGGAGGCAACAACAUGAAGAAGUGCCGCGCCAGGUACGGAUUAGAUCAACAAAGCCAGUGGUGCAAGCCCUGCAGACGUAAGAAGAAAUGUAUCAGAUACAUGGGGGAGGGAGGAGACGGCGAUGGCGAAGUCGACGGCGAAGGCGAGGACGAUCACUCGGAGGACAACCUGGGCAGCGUGGGGGAGGCAGGCACUCCCGAGGAGGACGAGUCCCUGAGCAGUCCCGGGGGUUUGUCCGCGUUGUCUAGUCUGGCCAGCCCGUCGCUGGUGUUACCGUCGCCCUCGAGUCUGGCCAGUCCGUGCCCCUGCCCUCUGACGCCCCCGGUGCCGCCUCCGCCCCUGUCCAACAAUCCUGCCGGUCAACCUCACGGGCACUCGGUCCAGCAACCGCCGCCCCAUCGUAACCCGGUCGGCACCAAUCCCCACGACAUCAACAACCCCCUUAGCGUGAACCAACUGACCGGACAGUGUAUAAAGAGUGAAGUGGUCCAGGCGCCGUCGGGCACGUCCAAUCCGGCGAUCAGUGUUACGUAGCCCCGGCCGGACCCACGUGACAAGACUGUUGCAACACACCGUGUCAUCCGCAGGGUCCGUGUACGUGUACAGACGGGAGGCUGGACGAUUGGAGCGAUCGCUGUCGCGACCUGGACGACCAGGAGGACGGAGAAAGCGGCGGAGAGCUGGCUCUUCUUCGUUUGGGAUCGUUGUGGAACGAGGAGACCGCUGAUCGUUCGCGGAGAAACGAUCGAGGAGGACCUUUACGUCGAGGUCUUCCUCGAAUACUCGCGACUCGAGCUCGAGGUGACCAAGGUGGUUCGUUCGAUGGAUCAUUCUAUCCCGAGGGAGUGGAUGUCCUUGGCCCAAGACUCCAGGGGAUUCCUUCGACGUGGAACGUUCGUUCGACGCUAAUCAAAGUGUCGUUCGAUGCUUGUAAGGACGAUCCUGUCGCGUGGACGUCACCCAGGAUUCUUCCACUGGUAGCGGGCGAGGUAAAGAGAUCCUCGGGUAAUCGUGUUCAGCCUCGCUGCAUUCGUUCGCCGGAGUAUAUGCCCAGUGUCCGUGGUCGACGGAGUGAUGGAACUGGGAACAGACGUUAACCGAACAAAUAAGGACAAAACGAUAAUGAAAAUACGAUGCAGAAAUACUCAGGACCAAGUGUCUGGCUGUAGUCACCCACUGGAGAAAUUGAAGAUUGUCAGUCCGUAUAUUAGACGAGCACGAAAGAGGGGAAAGAAUGAGAGUCGCGGUAUGCGUGGUUGGUGCGUGCGUGAAAUGGGCGAGAAGAGACGAUACGAAGGUGCGUGACACAGCUUGUAGUCCUUGUUACGUUGUGAUGCCAAUGACUGAGAGGUCAUGUUCCUGUGCCAGGUACUAUAUUCUAUAAAGUAAUUAUACCGCAGACGUGUAUAACUAAAGGUAAAACGAGCAAAAAACGAGAGAAAGCGAGUGCGUGUAUGUAACGAAAAGGGAGAACGUGACACGAGAGCGGGAGAGUGAGAAAGAGCAAAGUGAACAAGAGGAGAGAGCAACAGAUGAUGAUGAUGAUGAUGAUGAUGAGUCGUAGGAACGAGGACGAGACUUUUUAUUGUCAUUCAUUUAUUCGACCUUACGGUGUCAAAAUACCUAUCUUCUGUAUGUAAUUUGUUAUUUUUUUAAAAGUCUAUACACAAUGCGAUUAAUUAGCGUGUAAGAUCUCUUUUUUUUUUUUUAGUGCAAAGCUCGUUACUUUUAGGUCGCCCUAUGAACAAUUUCCGACACCUCUGUCCUCCGUAUCCGACGUUCGCCGUUACACCAACCUCCCGUCCCCCCCUGUACGCUUUUGUACACGCCAUCCCCUCCUGUCUCGAAAACUAUAGUCGGAAUGUAAUCGAUCCGCCGCUCGAGGCCGCCCUGAAUCCAGGCUCGAUUUCAAAAAACGCGAAACAUCGUAGGAGGUGGGUGUUACACCGUGUUAACCUUGAGCGGCCGUUUGUUUUCGCUGCAACCACGGUGUAACGCGACAGUAGGAUACCUGUUAUCGGGACUCGAACGAUCCAAAGGUGUCACCCAUCCGUGGAUCUCCAUUGCAUAAUAUAUUAACGAGCUGUUUAGGUGAAAUCUCAGGUAUAAUCUGUUCGAACUCGAGAUCGAAACCGUCUCCUUCGUGAACGAUCCACCGCGCCCCCUUCGACCUCUUUAACGCUGCCAAUCACACCUCCUCGGCCGGUCCUUCCCGGUUCCCUUUUCGAUUCUCUCACGCGGCGAGAUCGAAACCACCGAAGAGAUCGAGAAGACGCGGACGCAGCGAUCGAGACGACCGCGCACCAUUUUGCGCUUUCGUCCCAUCGAAGACAAUAACCACGGCGAAAGAGACUGUUCUAUAGCAUCGAAGGCGCGAUCGAGAGCUUCCAUUAGAAAACGCGUCUGAGAAGAUCGCGUUCGAUCGAGCCGUCGCUCCUCUACGCUUCUUCGCGAUCGUUCACGAUCGAGGCCGCGCGAGAAAGAGAGAGACACGUUGCAUUAUUUAUCGAGCGUCGUCUAGCGAUGAUAUCGGUUUUUCUUCCCAUCCCCCCCCCCCCCCAAACCUCCUUGGACGACUACGUUCCCCUGUCGUUUUUCUUUCACCUUUCGCCAUCUUCCCAUCGCCGAUGUUUCUUCGAGGAACCGGGGGAUUCAAAGCACGGAGCCAUUUUGUUGGAAUAGUUAGGCAUGAUGAUUUCGAGGCCUGAAAUUUAAAAAAAAAUGUUUGAACAGAUGAUCGAUUCUUCUGGGGCUCUAAAAUAAAACUUCCUGACAGAGAGGGAUUGUUGAUUUUAGUUUUGCAUUUUGCGAAACCCAUUGGCAAAAAUUAAAAUAAUUAAUUGCUGUUUUUAGAGUUUUGGACACUCCGAUCUCGUUUACUUUCCCUUCCCGUGAUAGAUCCGAGGAAAUUCUAUCGGGGUUAAUUUCAAUCAUGGCAGUCCAUCGAAUAGAACACGUUUAAAAUUAUUCUAAAUCCAGAGAGUCUGCGACGCACAGCUGUUAAACGAAAAAUCUUGCUAGUUAAUCUUCUCCUUUUAUUGCGCAUAGUUCCCCGUUUGCCAUUCCUCUGCCCACUCCUUAACCGCGACGAUAACGACCGAAAACGCGGGGCUAAAGAAGCAAUCGAAGAAGAAAUAAUCGAGCCACGGCCGUAGAAGGGAAACCGGAUGGAAAAUUGUUUUCACGCGUGUUCGCAUCAGGGAGCAGCUUUUGUACAUAAAAUACGUUCUAAGGUGCAUUUGUUGCGUCGAAUGGGAAAGUGCAAUGGAGGACUUUGACGACGACGAUGGAAAGAAGAGUGUUAAGAGUGUCGCGAUGUGGAUGUCACGUGUGAGCGUUGUCGAGGCGAGUAAUAAGAAAACGAAAGAAAGAAAUAGAUUGCGUGGGUGUAUGAGCGUGUGUGUACGAGUGCGUGCGAGAGAGAGAGAGAGAGAGCAAAGACAAGAAGAAACAGUUUAGCGAAGCGUUUUUCCUUCCCAUUAUUUCCUUUUGUUCUCAACUUUUUCUACGUUUGUCCGCGACCCACCCCUCGACUGAGAUAAUCACGCGAUGUCCGUAUAGCGAGAAACGUAAGAUAAGCCUGUAAACGCGUCACUGAACGGUAAACUGAACGUGCCAUAACGACAUCAUGCCAAUAUUAUCGAUAAUACAUAUUUUUUACAAUUAACGAUCCGUUUCGAAUUCGUCUGUCAGUGGUCAAGGUGGAGCACUCACGGAUGGCCCCCCUCGCGUUCCUCUCGGCUGUUUUGGCUUUUAGAGAUCCCUAAAUCGGUGACUUAAGGGGUAUAUGAGCACACGAGCUAUCUAAUUUAAAUACUGAUGCGAGAGAAUAAAAAGCUUCUGAUUCUGAAAAAUUUACUUUAGUUUCAUAAAGCCUCAAUUCGAAGAUAAAAAUUCCUAAACCCAAAUCCACAAUAAAUUUCGAGAAAUAAAUAUACACCAUAAUUUCCCAUUCGACAUAGAUCCUACAUAGUCCAAGAUCUACACGCGCCAAUAAGUAGAUUCCCUAAUCCACCUCAGCCACUGUUACCAUCUGCGUAUUCCAGAAGCUGUCAAAGAUCUUCAAAAAUCCCUUGUUUGCGUCAAAGUGGAGCGAAUCUGAUCGUCGAGGGUAGGGGGAUGAAGCGAAGAAGAAGAUCGAUGGAUCGAGACGGGGAGAGAUCGAUCGAGCAAGCAUGUACAAACACAAAGACGACCGACGAUUCACGACGAGGGGGGUCGUCGUUGAUAGCACUGACAGACGUUGGCCACAAAGAAAAGACUCGUAAAGCCGUGCGAUGUAUUAUUCCGUAUACGUGUGCGUAAUGGUUGUGUGGCUGCGUGUGCGUGGAUGAGCGUGUGCAUGUGACGACGAUGACUGCUGUACGAAGAGUCGGGUUGCGGGGGCAGAGAUCGCGGGGGGACGCUCGAUGCAACGCUGAACGCACUCAACCCUUUGCACUCCAAGUAAUUAUGCUAUUCGUUGGUACCUUAUUUUUUCAUUCCUCAGCUGUACAACCACCAUAAAAAAUGGUGGGAGUUUAUCAGAUAUUAAUCAGAAUUAUAUCCGAAAUAUUAUGUGCAUUUUAUUAUCUAUAGGAGGGAGACGUCUUUAAAUAGACUGGCCUUAGGAGUGCAAAGGGUGAACACGUUGAACGUCACUUGACGUGCCAACUCUUUGGGGCACAGUGGGAUGCAAACCUUCCCACCUUUUUAUUACCUUAAUACUCGUGGAGGGACAUUUUUCAAUCCCCCUCCCCCCCAUGAGAAAUUAAGACAAUUAGCAACGCAGAGAUUUGUGUUACCUCACGUUCGUUUGUUUACUCUUUGUUUGUUCUUUUCCCUAGCAGUACCCCAAAGAGUACGCGUUCGAAACAUCGAGUUCGAUCCGACUCCUACACUUUUCUCUAGUGAUUCCCAACGAUCCCUAACAAACAUCGUUUCGUACUCGAUCGCAGGCUCCAAGUUGAAAUUUAUUGUAAUUAAACUCCGCGCGUAGGGGUUCGAGUUCAGUUUCGUUGGCGAAGAUCCUCGAGGCACGUCGAGCCUGGACGUCGAUCGUCGUGUCGAAAUCGCGAUCGAGAUCGUCCUCCGCCCGGACUCUGCUCAAGGAACUUGGCCGUUAGUUCACUUUGCGAGGAACGUAGACGACGUCACGAGGGUGGUCCGUUGUGGUCCCCAGCGAUGGUCAGGGACGAGGAAGCUGUUCCAGCGUCUCUCCGGAGGCCCCGUUCUCCAAAAUGGUGUUAGCAUAAGCGAGCGUCACACCGAGACUGUUUCGACGCCGAGCAGCUUCCAAGCUCCGCUAAACACGGCCUACAGACCGCGCUAGACGUCAUCGAAUCGCUGAAUGAGUAAAGCCUGCCCGCGGCUGAUCGCGAAAAAUCAUUCUCAAAAAAGGAAACCGAACCAUUUUUCUUUUUUUUCGGCUCUAGCCGCGGCUGAGCUCGUCUCGCAUCAAAAUGAGUGCUUGUAAGAUAUUGUAAAGUAUCCACGACAGUUUUCAGCUGCAUUGUACAGUGUUUUCUAAGUAUCUAGUUUAUAGCGUGUAAUUGAAGAUACAUAUUACACUAAUUACAAGGGAGGAUACAUAUUACAAUUACACUAAUAAGUGAUCUGUAUCAAAUUCAUUCUCGUAUAGCCUGUAUCUCCUACUCAUGUAGACGCUAAAAGUGAUUUGUGUCAUAAAGAAACCUAUAAAUAAAAUUAGCAAUUUGAGAAUGUU